GUCAACCAUACUGCUGCCAACAUACUGAAUUCAGCAUUUGCGCCCUGCUGAUAUUUAGUCCUUUUUUCUGGUCUCUUUAUUCUGAAGCAAAGAUGGCUUUGCAGAAUAUAGGUGCUGGGAAUAGGGAUGAUGCCUUCUACAGGUAUAAGAUGCCCAAAAUGGUUACCAAAAUAGAGGGUCGGGGAAAUGGCAUCAAGACAAAUGUGGUCAACAUGGUAGAUAUUGCAAAAGCAUUGGCUAGGCCGGCCUCUUACACUACAAAGUAUUUUGGUUGUGAGCUUGGAGCCCAAUCUAAAUUUGAUGAGAAAACUGGAGUUUCUCUUGUUAAUGGGGCCCAUGACACCCCUAAACUUGCUGGCCUUCUUGAGAACUUCAUUAAGAAGUAUGUCCAGUGUUAUGGCUGUGGAAACCCAGAGACUGAGAUACUUAUUACAAAAACUCAGAUGAUUCAACUGAAGUGUGCUGCGUGUGGUUUCGUGUCUGAUGUGGAUAUGAGGGAUAAACUCACGACAUUCAUCUUGAAGAAUCCGCCUGAGCAAAAGAAGGGAUCAAAAGACAAGAAGGCCAUGAGGAGGGCUGAGAAAGAGAGAUUGAAGGAAGGUGAGGCUGCUGAUGAAGAGCUGAGGAAGCUGAAGAAAGAGGUGAAGAAGAAGGGGUCUUCCACUUCCAAGGAUGGCCCCACAAAAUCUCUCUCUUCCAAGAAGAAAGCUAAUGGUUCUGAUGAGGAUCGCACAUCACCACCUCGAAGUCAGGUUGAUGAAAAGGAAGAGGCUGAUUAUGAAGAUGACGAUGAUGAUGUUCAGUGGCAAACUGAUACAUCACUGGAGGCAGCUCGUCAACGGAUCCAGGAGCAAUUGAGUGCUGCAACUGCUGAGAUGGUUAUGCUAUCUACGGAUGAACCAGAAAAGAAAAUAAAGCCAGUAAAUAAUAAAGCAAAUGGUAGUCCAAAAUGUGCUUCUCCUCCACCCGAAGAAAAACCCAAGGCUGAGAAUGGGAGUUCAGAAGAAUCUAACCAUGAAAGGCUGGUUGAAGAGGUGAAAGCAAAUCUGAAGAAAGGGGUUGGUGCAAAGCAAUUGCAGUCCAUUUUGGCAUCACUGACUGGCUCUGGCCAGGAAAAAAUGACGACCCUGUUUGAGGCCCUGUUUGAGGGUGUUGAGAAAGGAUUUGCAAAGGAAGUGGAGAAGAAGAAGAGCUACCUUGCUUCAACUAUUGCAGGGGAUGAGGGGUCGCAGUUGCUGUUGCUUCGUGCUAUUGAGGCAUUCUGUGGGAAGUCGAGGCCAAGUGCAUUGAAAGAAGUGGCAUUGGUUUUGAAGGGUCUGUAUGAUGGAGAUGUGUUGGAGGAGGAGUACAUAGUGCAGUGGUAUGAAGAAGGGGUGUCAGGAGCCAACAAGAAGUCUCAGAUCUGGAAGAAUGCCCAACCUUUCAUCACUUGGAUCCAGAGUGCGGAGUCUGAAUCUGAGGAGGAAUGAUAAAAAGUGUGUUUUGAAUGCAGCAGGGGUGUGGUGUCCUUUGUCUGGAAUGGAAUAAAAAUGUGUGUUGGGUCGGUGUGUAACAGUUAUUUAGGAAGAGGUGGAGACGGUAAGAGGGUUAUUUUGGGGGUGUCUUAUAAUUUGCAGAACAUGAAGUUUUAGAUGCUUUUUUAUACAA